AUGGUCUAUCGCAUUUAUGAUAUAAAGUCAGAGACGCAGAGCGGUCGCAAUACGCCGCCUGCCAAACCAGCCCAGGCAUACCGCGUCAGUGAGCCUCCGUACGAGGGCUACCAUGCUGUCGAGCAGAGUGCAUACCGCAGCAGCGCUCCCGACAGCGCCAUAGUCAUCGACAAUGGUUCAUACAACAUCCGCGCCGGAUGGCAAGCCGAUCGCAGCCCACGCCUGUCCCUGCCGCCGCUCAUGGCCCGAUACACUGACCGCAAGCUGAAUCGCAAGCUCAACUUCAUCGGCUCAGAAAUCUACUUCGACGGCACCGCCCGAGGUCAGGCCAAAAACUUGUAUGAACCAGGAAGCAACAUCAUCAACAACUGGGACGUCUUGGAGGGUGCUCUGGACUACCUCUUUAUCAAACUAGGCGUCGAUGGCUCCAAGGGCCACGUCGACCGUCCCGUCGUCAUAACUGAGCCUUUGGCCAAUCUGCAGUACUCCAAGCGCACCAUGUCUGAAGUCCUUUUCGAGCUGUACGGCGUCCCCGCUGCUGCAUACGGCGUCGACUCCCUCUUCUCUUACGCAUACAACGGCGGCCGGACCGGUCUCGUCGUCUCAUCUGCAUACACCUCGACUCACCUGGUCCCUGUCGUCGACUCGAAGCCGCUCCUUGCGCAAGCUACCCGCUUAGACUGGGGUCGUUCGCAAUGCGCCGACUACCUCAACAAGCUUCUACGCGCAAAGUAUCCUGCCCUACCCGGCAAGAUCAACGACACUCAAAUUGAAGAUUUGGUUCGUCAACACUGCUACAUCUCUCAAGACUACAACGGCGAGAUGGCGAACUAUCUGGACUGGACUGGUCUAGAAGACCGUGACGUACUUGUCCAACUGCCAUUCACAGAGAAAGAGAUAGUUCAGAAAACAGAGGAAGAACUUGCAAGAGCAGCCGAAAAACGCAAAGAGAGCGGUCGAAGACUACAAGAGCAGGCUGCAAAGAUGCGUCUUGAGAAACUCAUUAGGAAGGAACAAGAGCUGGAGUACUACAAGGAUCUUCAACAAAAGCUUGCCCUUGCCACGAAAAAGGAUGCACGCACUAUGCUCGAAGCCGAGGACUUCAACGACGAAUCUCAACUGGAACGAAAGAUCAAGGACAUGGAACGCUCAAUCAGAAAACAGAGAAACAAGGAUGUUGGCGAUAUCGACGAGCCCGAGGAAGUGCCAACUUAUCCUUUACUCGAAAUCCCGGAUGAGGACCUAGACGAGGAAGGAUUGAAACAGAAACGUCAGCAACGCCUGAUGAAGUCCAACCAUGAUGCUCGCGCUCGUGCAAAGGCAGAAAAAGAACGCGAGAAGGCCAGAGUCGCUGAAGAGGAACGUCAAGACAACGAGCGUCGCGAGAACGACACCGAAGGCUGGCUGCAAGAGAGGAGAGUUGCUCGCCAGAACAUGGUUCAGCGCAUCAAAGAACGCGACCGCCUCAAGGCGGAUCUCGGAAAUCGCAAGUCACUUGCGAGUCAGAUCCGCAUGAAGAACAUUGCCAACUUGGCAUCUGACAAUCCCAAGAAGCGUCGCCGGGGUGGGGACGAUGACACUUUCGGCGCCGACGACGCCGACUGGGGUAUCUAUCGUCAGAUUGCCACUGGCGAUCAGAGCGACGAUGAAGAAGAGGAAGACCUCGGCGCCAGUCUGAAGAAUAUUGAGGCUCAGCUUCUGCAGUAUGACCCCGCGUUCACAGAACAAAGUACACAAGAAGCACAGCAAGACUGGACUAAAAGUGUACUUCACUCAUUCCUGCGCGGACCCAGGCCCUUUGAUCCCGAGAGCCAGAGAGAACUCAAUCAGAUACAUCUAAACGUCGAGCGCAUCCGGGUGCCCGAAGUCAUAUUCCAGCCCGGUAUCGCAGGCAUUGACCAGGCAGGCAUUGUCGAGAUCGCCGAAGACAUCAUCACACAACGUCUAUCAGGCUCCUCGAGGCGUGACGAUAUGCUCAAGGAUAUAUUCCUGACGGGUGGCUACACACACUUCCAAGGUUUCGAGGAACGCCUACGUAACGAGUUGCGCGCCGUGUUACCAGCAGACAUUUCCCUCGGCGUGCGCAAAGCCAAAGACCCCAUCCUCGAUGCCUGGAGAGGUGCUGCUCGGUGGGCCGCUAGUCCGAUAUCAAGACAAUCGUUCGUGUCACGGGCGGAAUAUCACGAAAAGGGAGCAGACUACAUCAAGGAGCAUAACCAGGGAAAUGCAGCCUUUUGA